AUGGAGCACUCUGAUAAACUGAACCCUUUACAAAGAAGAGCACGAAGCUGGAGGUUUUACCGAAGGCGAAACAACUAUUCGUCUGAACAUGUCACUUCCCAGCAGCAGCAAGAUAAUGAUUCAGGUGAUGUUCCCAUGGAUGUCCAAGCAAGAUAUGCUCCCUAUGCUGUUCCACCCCAUCAUCAGAGAAGCAGUUUUCAGAAACAAGACCAAAUGCAUAUUAAUAUGGAGACAAAGCAAAAGCCUCCAGAGAGAAAAAUGGAGAGAAACAGACAGGAUGAGACCUUGGGGAGCUGGUUCAAGAUCAUAAUUCCCUUUGGUGUAAAAUAUGAUGAGAAGUGGCUGCUGAAUUUGAUUCAGAAGCAAUGCAGUGUCCCCUUCAUUCCAGUCGAAUUUCACUAUGAGAAAAUGCAGGCCCAGUUCUUUGUAGAGAAUGCCAGCAUUGCCUGUGCAUUGAAGAAUGUCAAUGGCAAGAUUUUCAAUGAGGAUAAUGAAAAGAUAUUUAUCUUUGUUGAACCCUGUGAUGCACCCCCAUCUGUGCAGAAAGCACUGAAGUCUGAAAAGGUGGAGCAGAGGAAGCUGACCAUGAACAAACCAUAUGAUUUCCACCAGCAAUCUCUUGACAUCCAGAGACUCCUCUUUGGCCCUGAUAUGGCUAUAGUAGUAACUGUGAAGUCUGCUGGGGAGAUGGACAAGGGUCAACAGCUGGAACCAGAAGGGAUGUGGGUUGACAGAAGUGCCAUCUGCACCACCUCCCCUGAUAAGUCAACCAACAUAAGCACCAUCCUGGAGUUGUUCCCCAGGUUACUAAGCUUGGAUGGCCAGGAGACACCCUCAGGGCCUAAGUGUGCUAUUGAAGCCCCCAAGUGCUUACCAACAUGUAAGGGAAGCUUCUUUGGAUCUGAUGAGCUGAAGAGUCUAAUCAUGCAAUUCCUGCAGCAGUAUUACUUGAUCCAUGAUUAUGGGGACCGCCAGGGACUCCUGUGUGCUUAUCAUGAAGAGGCCUGCUUCUCCCUGACCAUUCCAUUCCACCUCAAGGACCCAGGCCCAAGCACCAUGUGUGCAUACUUCAAGAACAGCAGGAAUAUGAAGAAGCUCAAGGACCCCGAUAUGCGGUUCCAGCUGCUGAAACACACAAAAUGUGACAUUGUGCGUGCCCUCUGUGGGUUGCCCAAAACUCAGCAUGACUUCAGGUCCUUCAUGGUGGACAUGUGGUUCCAGACGGAAUCAAUGCUCUGCUUCUCUGUGAAUGGGGUGUUCAAGGAAGUAGAAGGAAGGUCUCCUGGCUGUGUGCGUGCCUUCACCCGGACUUUCAUCACUACUCCUGCCACCCCUUCCAGUUUUAGUAUUGUGAAUGAUAAGCUGUUUGUGAGUGACUUCAGCCCCAAGAAGACUGAGCCUGUGCUCUUCAUCCCAAAGCCUGAACCCUCUGUCAACUCCAUGCCCACCUUCUCCUUGGAGCAACAGGAAAUGGUGCAGGAUUUCUCCAUCCAGUCUGGGAUGAACUUCCAGCAGUCUCAGAAGUGA